AGUAGUUUUAUUGCAUGGUACAUGUGUUGUUCAAUUAAUAUUCAAUAACAGUACUAACUCUACUCUUUAUUUUAUUUUAUUUAUUUUCGAUCUCAUGCGUCAUAUUCCUCUGAUGACUUCUCCGAGAUAAUUUAACAUUAAAGGGCAACAUUGCUGUCAACAAUGACUAUUCGCUGCCAUCAGACGUCGCCAGGUUUUAGAAAAAUUGAGAUGUACUUUCAUACUCAAUUGAAUCAGAUAAGUAGGAACGAACAACAAACUGUAAGUAGCAUAUUGCACAUGUCUUAUUUUAACAUCAUGCAUAUUUGUAUUAACAUAUUAUUUACAGGUAACACACAUAUCUCAACAUGCAACACUUCCCAUACACACGUAAACAUUCACACACGCAAAUAUACAAAUGCUCGACAGGUGACUGGGCCAAGUGCAUUCACUCGUAGGAUCUAUCAUUUCGAUAAUCGCCUCGAUUCUACGAAACCAGUGCACAAUUAAGCUGACAUAAGCUAGUCUCGUCUGGUGAAUGCAUGUAACCUGGAAGCCCCAGACACGACAGGACGAGACGGACAGAUGACGGACUGGACUCGACGGGGCCUAGUUCAGAGUUUUAGGCAUUCUUCAAUGCACGGCUAGCGACCUCAAAAAAAAAAGAUGAUUGUAUUAUUGAAUGUGUGUCGUCCAUGCUGUAGAUAAGUUGUUCUUAUUGGUCUCGUUUCUUGUAAUGAGCUUAUCCAUUGGUAAAACUGGUAUUUUUUCUGUACAAAAAUCUUUACGUUAAUUGAUUUGCCUUAUUCCUCGAGCUCUAUAUGUAGUAGCAUACAUACACACUAUUAAUUGAAAAACAGCCCGAGAUUAACAUCAUCAUAAUUGCAGCGAUAUAUACCUUACCUCAACUUGUUUAAUCACAAAGCGGGUGGGAACGGCAAUUAAUGAAUUAAUUACCUGCGCUGCAUCUAGCGGCAUUACAUGACGCAGUUGCAUUCCGACUACUGCGUCUAAAAGUUCAAGAUCGAAAGAUGACCAACGUACCGGUAAGUGAUAAAUAUUGUUUUACACUGUCAGACCAGUACGGGACGCUAGCCCGAGAUGAGUUGCGUGAAAGUGACGAAAUUCGCGAUCAAUCACUCGCGCAGAUACGCGAUUGGAUCGCAAAAAAUGCCGCCAUAAAAUUCUGUCGAUCGGAUUCGUCAUUCCUAUUGCGAUUCUUGCGCGUUCGCAAGUUCAAUCACUUGGCGGCUUGUGAAAGUGUGGAACGGUAUCUUGUGAUGAGGCAACGAUAUGCUGACUGGUUCCGGAAGCUGGAUACCACGCAGGCAUGGGUGGACGAAAUGAUUGACGAUUGGCCAAUUCUUCCAUUGGGAUAUGACGAAAUUGGACGGUUGCUGAUACUGAUCAAAAUGGGAAACUUUGACCUGAAAAAGUUUGUCAACGUGGACCAGAUUCGAAUGAUGAUGAUGAUCCUGGAAAGUUAUUAUGAAGAGGAACGAGUACAGAUUGCGGGAAGCGUAUUUAUAUUGGAUAGUACUGGACUUACAAUGAGUCACAUCGCCCAGUGGCCUCUAUCGGAUAUUAAAAAUUUUGUCGAUUGUGUGAACCACACAUUCCCUCUCAGGAUCAAGGAGGUUCACACGGUGAAUCUUCCACGCUAUGCGAUCGCCGUCUCCGAACUGUGCGUUAGCUUUGCCAGUCCUAAACUGAAGAAGCGGAUUCAUUGUCACCGCUCAAUAGAUGAUUUAAUCAAGCACGUGAAAUUAGCAAGUUUGCCCAAGGAAUACGGAGGAGAAGUGCCGAUCAACACAUUCAAACACAAUUUAAGGGUCCUGCUGUCUAAGCACCGGAGCACCAUUUUGAAUUUGGACCAGAUGGCAGUGGAUCUGUCAACAUGUUUGGUUCUGAAGGAGAAUUCUAGCCAAAGUGGAUUGAAAAAUGAUUCAGGAGUUGUCGGUAGCUUCAGAAAAUUGAAUGUAGAUUAAUUUAAUAAAAGUUCACAACUCUGUUCGGGAUUGUUCUUUAAUAUCGUGGAUUGGAUAUACAGUGAGCUUACUUCAGUUUACAUCGCAGCAAUAUUUGACUGCCAUCUAUACAUCCUUGAGGCCAUUAUGACUUCAUAGUAGUUCUAUGGAGGCCGUCCGUUCGAUGAAGUGUAAAGAGCACUUUCCUGGCGAAAAUACGAAAGUGUCUGAGCGAUCGAUUUAUCUAAAUAA